AUGCUUCUUGCAACUGUUUUUUAUGGCGCGAGACGAUUCCUACACGGAAAAGGCGUCUUAUUAAACCCUUCGAGUAAAAGUAGUGAGCCGGAUGAAGCUUCAUCGAUCGCAGUGAUUGUGACAAAUAAUAAAUUCUACGCGAGAGUUUGCGCCUAUGGAGAGGUGGCCUUGGGCGAAGGUUUCGUCCAAGGUUGGUGGGACUGCAGGGAUCUGCCUGGUCUCUUCGGUCGACUUAUGGACACGGCGGUAAUCACGGAGGGGUCAAAAUCCUACCGCAGAAGCUUGCCUUAUCUGGAAGCUUAUUUGAAAUGGGUCCUCCUCAAUCCACAACUUAAUAUGGAACAUCUUCCCAAAAACUUUAAACUGCAGUAUAAUCUUCCCACGGGCUAUCACCGAUUAACCAUGACGGACGGAGAUGAACACGAAGCCAUCCAAAUGUCAGCCGCCUACUUUCCUACCGGAGUUGAGUCCAUGGGUACCGCUCAAAAGCUUAAACUCUCCCUCAUCACGGCCAAACUUCAACCGCUCGUGCCAGGCAUGCGUGUUCUGGAUAUUGGCUGUGGUUUUGGAACCAUGGCGAAACAUCUGGCCGAUAAUUACCAAGUUGAGGUCGUCGGGGUAACAAACUCGCCAGGAAUGGGACAGACUGCAACGGAAUAUUGUCGUGGAACCGGGGCCAAAAUUGUGGUCGGGGAUUGGAGUGAAAUUCAGGGAACUUUCGAUCGCAUAAUCAUGAUCGAGCUGGUUGAACAUGUGGGGAAGAGGAAUCUUACAAAGUUUUUUGACAAGGUGGCCGCCAUGUUAAAAGAUGAUGGCAAAUGUUUCAUCCAGUGUUACGAAACUUCCGAGGAUUUUCCCAGAUUUGGAGAAUUCGCCUGUAAAUACAUGUACGGCCCUAGUUACGCCCCCACCUUGAGAGAGCUGCUCAAAUACACGGAUGCAUCUGGAUUUGAGUUGGCUGAGUUGCAUUCCUUCAAGUCGCACGUGGCCAAGUCGGUUUCGGUCGGUUUCCUGGAAAAAAUUCAGGACAAUUAUUCUCAAAUUGAGACCUUAGUGGGGAACGAAGUAGCGCGAAUGAUGCUGUUCGGAUUUGCCUUGCAGGAUCGAACCAUGACCUGCGGAGUGGGAGGAAUGAAUCAUUUGGUUCUUACAAAAAGGAAAAUUCAUAAACUGUCCAGGGUUACGGUAGCAUAAAGUAAAACUUGCAGCUAAUUAUGUUAGAAAUUAUUUUUUAUUAGCGUCAUUCUAAAAUUUACAAAAGUUGAGUGGCUUUAUUUCUAUUUACUCAAACAUUUUAGAGAUUUAAGUAUACGCGCACAGAAGUUGUGUGACAAUUAUCACCAAAUGCAAGUGAAGAUACCAUUAAACCUGUACCACAUUUUAACUCUGAAAUAAAACUCAAACUGGUAGGAGAUCA